AUGUUGUUGACGUUGUUGUUGUUGUUGGUGGGGCUAUGCUUUAUGACUCUUCGGGAUGGGACCAUGAUGAUGGAAGUGAUGGAAAAUGUGGACUUGAUUAUUCGAAAGAUGAUUGUACCAAGGCUGUUGGAGAGAGAUGGUGUGCCAAGGUCCGUCAAGGACGCCCUGACACUUUGCAAUAUAUGGGAGCCGGUUGUCUUUUUUGGAGAGACCUUUAAAAAGGGUUUCUUUUAUGACUGCAUGCUCAACUCCCCUCAGGUUCACAAGGCUGCGAUUGAGCUACUCUUUCGCAACCAUGUGCCUUUGUCGGUUUGCCCUGGCGCUCCCGGCAAAUUCUGGCCUUGCAUCUAUAAUGCAUGGUGUGAAACGCACUGUGGCCACCCUUGGGACAGCAUUCCUGGCAAUGCGACUCGUUUGGAGUAUGUGGCAUGUAUUGCGGCGAAAGCUCCCUAUACUGCCGAGGUCUACCACGCAUCUGCGGAGUUCCACUUGACUGUCCUCUCGGUUUGGUGGAAUUCAGUUGUGUCACAUGCGCAUGCAGUGGCGCCAGAUGUGAUUGAAAACUUGGUCUGGCUGGUCUCUGCCUAUGGGUUCCUCUGGUUGUUUCAGGCUCACGGACUGUUCCACUGGAUCUGGGAUUGCUAUGUCAGUUCACUGCACCCCUUUGUCGUGAUCUGGAUGCUCAUUUGUGAGAUCUGGAUGCUCCUUUGUCGCUGGCGCGAGAUUUCGGUCUGGGCUCGGGAAGGAGUGGCGCUUGGGUGGAACUGGAUUCAAGGAAGAGUGUCCAUUUGGAAAAGCUGGAUUCAGGGAAGAUUGUCCUUUGGGCGGAUCUGGAUUCAGGCAAGACUGACAAGCUGGAGGACCUGGGUACAGCCCAUCAUUGGUCGGGCAUGGAUGUCGACUCAGGCUUGGAGCACACAGGUGUUCGAACGCUGCUGGCAACGGCAGCAGACAGCCGCGGCAAAUGACAUGCCCAACCCUCUCACCACCUUGGACUAUGAUCAGGAACACAUUUUCUAUCUUGGAAACUUCAAUCGGCCCCUGAACUGA